GUCGCUGAGGGUAGGGGCUGCCGGGGCGGGCGGGCGGGCUGUGGGAAAUAUGGCGGCGGCGGACCUCGGCCAGAUAGCCGAUGUGGACAUCGAUUCCGACGGCGUCUUCAAGUACGUGCUAAUCCGUGUCCAUGCGGCGCCGCCCUCCGAGGCCCCCGCCGGAGAGAGCAAGGAGAUCGUGCGCGGCUAUAAGUGGGCCGAGUACCACGCCGACAUCUAUGACAAGGUAUCGGGCGAGAUGCAGAAGAAGGGCUAUAGCUGUGAGUGCCUGGGAGGCGGGCGCAUCUCCCACCAGAGCCAGGACAAGAAGAUCCACGUGUAUGGCUACUCCAUGGGUUAUGGUCGUGCCCAGCACUCAGUCUCCACUGAGAAGAUCAAAGCCAUGUACCCAGACUACGAGGUCACAUGGGCCGACGAUGGCUACUGAGGCCUGCCUGAGGAGCCUGCUGUACCCCCUGGCACUUUGCAGCCCUGGCCAGGCCCCAGGGCCCGUGUUUGCCUCACCUCGCUUGCAGGAAUUAAAAACGUUAUCACCCCUGCUGUUCCUCA